AUGCAUUUGGUUAGUAAAAGAUUUUAUGGUCGAGGAGUGGAUACAAGGUUAGUAUACAGAUCCGACCGGGAUUGGUCGGCUUAUGUUGUAGAGUGCCGCACUACCGUGUGGGAGGUUGAAGGUUCAAGCCCCCAACCGGACCAACACUCAGGAUCUUAAAAUAACCGAGGAAAAUGUGCUACCUUUGCUAUAAUAUCUGAAAAUGGUUAUACAUUCUAGUCUUCUCGGUUAAGGACGAUAAACCCAUCCUCUGCAUCUUCGCUGCACUGGUUAGCAGGGGACGUUUAAGGACCCACGUACAUCUCGCAACGAGUAGAGAACGUAGCUCCUGAUUUUGUGUUUUGAUCUUGUUAUUGUUUAUAAAUUUGAAAUAUACCCCAUAAGUAUUUUCCUUAUUGAAGGAGUUGGGGCAAUAAUAGAGGAAGAAGGAGAAGACGGAAAUAGAAUUAUAUAACGCGCGUGAAAAUUGAUAAAAUGACGAAUUUUUAAUGAAGCAUCACAAGUACCCAGGAAUGGAUCAGUCGUAAGUUUUUUCUUUAUUCUGAUUGUUAGAAAUGUGGAGUUCGGGUGGCAACUGCACUCAGCGGACUAAAACCUCAAAUCUACCAAAUCUUGGAACAAGCAUUUUAUAUUUUAAGAACGAAAAAAUGUUUCCUUAAGAAAGAAGUGCUCAGUAUCCCUUUUCUGCUCAACAGGUUUGUCAACAUCCUGACUGACUUUGCAGAUGCGGAGAUUUUCCUGAUCGACGGCGACUCCUUGCUGUUAGAAAUUAUUGGUGAAAAAAGCUUGGAUUGGAAUAACGGGGGGCAGUUUCUGCAUCUUACAUACUUAACAGAGCGAUUUUUGCAAAAGUUCACAGAGAAAGGUUAGUGCAAAGAUGGCUGAACGCAUCCCACAGGGCAAAUUCCAUAGGAAUGCACACUCAAACUACAUUUUGGUUUUUAUAAAAUGAAAGUAGAAUUUAACGAAUAGGCGCGGUGGGUGAAUGAGAUAUUUUUGUUAAUUCUCUGAAAUUACAAUCUUAUGUUUAAGCCUCCGUUUAUCUUCCUCUCGUUUCCCUUUUCACUUACAAGAAAUUGCUCGCAUAAUUCUAAGUCCUAUGACGUUUUCGUCCUUGCGCUGGCAUGUUGCUGUUCCUCAUUAAAGGAUUUUUCUUUACCUUCCGGAACAAACAAAAACAGCCCUGUUUAAGCUGCAAUGACGUCAUCGUUUCACGUUUUCACUAAUGAGGAUUGGAAAUGUACUCGGGUCUCGUAUGUUUUUUUUCCAUGAGUUUUACGAGUGGUGUACUUUAUGGCAAAUGAAUAAAUACGAUGAAAGGGUAAACAGGUGACGUGGUCCCCUUGCCUGGUGGCCUCGAGCUCCGUCGCCCCCAUUGAAGCACCGUCGUCCCCCAAUGAAGUUCCGUUGCCCAGAAGUAUGGUUCUUUUAUUAAACUUAGGUCAAAAGUUAGGGACAACGCAUCCAUACUUCAGAGAGACGGAACUUUUAUAGGGCGACGGAACUUGCUGCGACAGUGCAAGAAGGCGACGUCACCAACAACUGAUGAAAGGUUAUUCAUCGCUGUUUUAAUCUGUUCAAAUUUUUUUUAUCUUAUAAACGGUGAUUAUUUCUCUCAAGGUGGCGUUUUCCACAUCGUCUUUUUUAAAGAAAUGGAAAUCAUCUGGAGAAGUAAUCCGUCCCUGCUGCUCGCUCGAGAAGCUCUUAUUCUUCAUCUCCAGCGCAACACAGAUUUAAUCGUGAAAACGUCAAUGGUAGAUUUCUGGGGACAGGAGUGGAAAGAUUACGUUAAUGACGAAGUUCCUGCCUUUUUGCUGUUGACGGAUGCUGAAAACAUUCCCUGGAAGGAAGGAAAGCUAAAAGCAACAAUGCAAUAUUUUUUCCGGUGUUUCUUGUUUCAUUGUCUCGCGCAUGGAUUGAAUUGCGUGUUCGUUUCUGGCAUCGAGAUAACUGCGACCAAAGUGAUGGGAUUUUACAUCUAUUCAUCGGCUAUUCACAAAAACUGCUUUAUGACGGUAAAAAUUAUUCUCACCGGAAACUAACAAGAUUUAAAAGGUCCACUUUCACGCGAGGAUAGUUUUUAAUUUUCUACUAUUGCUUUGAUUUACAUUUAAAAGCUUAGUGAUUGAUCGAGGAAACUCAUAUUUCCCAGUUAAACAAGCAGUUGCAAAACUAAAGUCAAACUUGACUUGGCACUGACUUCUUUCCUUCUGUUCGUUGAGUCUGUGAUAUUUUCCUCAGUGUGAUGGGCCAUUUUGGUUAAUUUGGUCUCAGACUUAGAUUUAUUAUACUCAACUAACGAUAAACCCUUGAGGUCGUUUUUCCCUCUCACUACCUUCAUUUGAAAUCAGGUGUAACGUGGAUGAAAUAUGGAUAGUUAUUAUUUUCCCACAGAAACAUCGCCUUUAUAGGUAACGAAACUGAGUUUAUCAAACGUGUUUAAUUACAUUGAUUGUAUUUUUAGUUUGAACAGCCAAUUUGGAAAACAUGGCAAUAUCUGGUGAGUUACUGGAAGGAUCAGGCAUAUAAAUACUCUCCAAGAUGGUCGGACACGUUUCCUGGAGACGCUCUGGUGGGUGAUAUUCGAGACAUUUUGAGCGCACCAUAAAGAUUUUAUCUAAAAUAUAAUUAUCACUUGACGGUCUCUGAAGAAAUAUUAUUUUGGAAAGUCUUCUCGCUGAAUUUUCUGUUGAUUCGAUGCCAAAAAUACCAACAACGCAAAAUCAAAUUCCUUGUUUUUCAAACAAUAAAAUCUUUUAAUUCCAAGUUGAGAGUCUGGAUCUUUUUUCAAUUUGACGAAGUUCUGAGAAGCACUUGUCUCAAAAUGUUACUUCUCAUUGUGCACACAUGAUUGCAUGCAGAUUUCACUAUGAUCGGGGAAACAGCAAACUCGGAAAAAUGAAUUUCAUAUCAUUAGGGGAGGGGGACGCCGCUCGAUCUAAAUUAUGUAGAUGUAUGAUCAUUCUUUGAUAUUGUCGUUCGCUGUGGAAUAACCAGUUGGUAUGGAUCUAUUUAUAAUCCUUCUAAAAUAGGUGGACGAACCUCAGAUUGACAUAGAGGCAGAAGUUCGCAAAGCUCUUCAGCCUCCACUCCGACAAGGCGGCUGUCGACAAGUUACCGCAGUCCUUGGGUGUGCACUGAUCCUCUUUAAAGCUCUCAAGGACCCUAGAAGCACCAAGGUACGUACGAAAGUGGAAAGUAGAACUUUCUUAACGAUGAAUUAUUCAAAUAUGUUACUCACGGAAUGAUUCGAGGGUUUGUCUUUCCAUUGCGCUUACAGGAAAAGAUGAAAACUGUAGAGGACAGAAUGAAGCUUUUUUUGCUUCACAUUGUAUUACUGAACAAACUGCCGUUGAAGUGUAGAGCUCACCUCAUAGACGAGAACUUGUUAAAUGAAUUCUGUAAAGCAAAGGAUGAUAACGUCUAUCCCUUUAACGAGGUUAGUGAGGUUACGUGACAAAUUUUCAUAUGGUGGACUCUCUCACAAUGGACACUGUCCUAAACGGAGAUGUGCAACUUCGGCCGUAUCGUUUUCCAGACAACCAUGCAUAGUGUGCAUUACAGACGCAUUAUUAGACACGGUUAACCAAACACAUCUCUUCUAUUUCCUAUUAAUGUCCACUCACGGAAUCUCCAACGGCGGUAAACGUUCCUCCAAGAAUUAGAUCAUUCCGGAAGGCGAAGAACGGCAUAAAAGAGGUCGUCUAUCUCUUCCCCACUAUGUAUGAAUAAUGAAGGCUUAGUUCCUGAAAUUACUUUUCAACUUGUCAUGCCUCUAUUUUCGUUUCAGAGAUGUGUACAUCUAUUGUGAAGUUUUGCCCUAGAGUGGAUUUAUGUUGAAAGGAGUUAUGUCUCGUUGCUUAGCAUUUUUUAUAAAGCAUACAACAUAAAACAAAAAAUUACCUUGUACUCAUACGCGUGAUGCGUUUAUUACUUGCUGACAGAUCUAUACGUGUUUAUGGGAGAUUUUAAAGACAAUACAAGUUGUGCAGAGAGAUGCAAGUAGAGACCAAACAAGCAAUGAAUUUUUUAAGUCAGUAGCAGAUUUAAUGGAUGGGCGUCUGGUCCAUACUCUCUUUUCCGCUGUCUUGGAGCAAAGGUCAAAUGGAGUCGAAGGUGGGUUAGAAAAAUGGUGAAGUAAAUGGGCGCGUUAAUCUCGCGCGCUAAAUUCCCGAUGGCGAAAUAGAAUAUUUUAUGACUGUAAGGAUCGUUAGGAUUCUUUCUUCGUUUUGUUUAGAUAUACUUUUCACUCUUGUUCGUUUUGUUCUUUUUCAACUUACACGUUUUUUGGGAGAGCACACAAAUACACGUUAGCUGCAGAUGUAUUAAUCAUAUCUACAGUUUUCACUGAGCUGUAUACGUGCAAUAGCUUGUUGCAAUCCAUAUUUAACUACACCUGUGGUUAUGUCUUCUUCAUAAUUAUUUUGUACUGGUAUUAGGACUCAAUCUACCAGGAGAUGUCAUCACGGAAUUAGAAGAUGCGUGGCAAAAUGCCGUAGACGUUGUAAACAGGUCAUGCGGUUCCCAUUCCCUCGAGGCCCAGUUUUUUCCCUUUGCCGAGGAUUUGGCAGAUUUUCAUGCGGCAGUAGGUGAGAAAUGUUUUCAGCAAGCUCUUGUGUGCGAAUCAUUCUAUUGAUUUACAUCUCCUUUUCUAAAUUUAUCUCUAUGUUCUCUAAUUAAAGGGUUUUUUUUUCGUUUCAUUUGGCAUAGAUUGUGAAUUUUCCUUCUUUACUCUUCUUUCGAUCAUGGAAACAUGGUUUAACCUUGUUUACUUAUGUAUUGAAUUAUUUUGCAUAAAAUAGUAAGCCAUGAACUUGUUCCAUUUCCGUGAAUGCCGCGAUCAAUUAAAAAAAAAAGACUUGAAAAAGUCUUAAAAGAUGUCAGUCUGAACUGAUCAGGACAAAACAAGUCGGACGUUGCAAAUAAAUGAGUUAAAUAUCAGACUAUGUUGGCUCUGUUCCCACAUGAGAAAGCUAAACUUCCGUUUUUACAGCUGCAGGCGGGAUAGUUUCAUUUUUUGAAAAGUGAAGCAUUUAUAUUUUUGAAGUGCCAAAGUGGGUGACGAGAACUGAAAAUGUUAAGCGCUCAUUUUUUUUUUUCUGCUACAGCAGUUUCGGUUGUGCGUUCUGAUGCAGACUCCACCAUCAAGCUUAGGCGACUUACUGAGGUGCAAAGUGAUCUUGUGAAUGACUAUGCUGGCGACAUUCGGACAGAAAUUAACGCCAUGGCUGAGUAAGUUGAUAAAAAGCUAAAGCCUUGUCUUUCAUUCGGCUUUAUGCUCGUUUUUUCCUUUUUGAGGAACGUGUUAAGUCUGCUUAACUCGUCCUUGUCCUGUCGUGUCCGUUGAUCUUGCACUUCGUAUGGCUUGCGACUGUACUUUAACAUAGAUAAACGAGAUGCAUAGUUUUCGCGAAACAUCAGAGACUAAAAAAGUGAUGCCGUUGGGUUUUGUCAGUGUAUAAUGUUUUUUUUUGUUUCCACACAUUGUGACUAAUUAACUGAUUGAGUGUUUCUGUUUGUUGUAUAGCUUGAAAGCCCAUUUCCAACCUUGAUGCAACGCGCGCCGCGACCUAAUGUCCUGUAACACGAAAUUCCCACAUCACUGAAAACCUUCUAAAAUCGUCUUUCUCAAGAGCCAUCCUGGACAUAUAGCCAACUGUUUUACGGUUAAUACAUUCGCCGUUCGUCAUUUUACAGUUUCCUCACAGUAUUUUGAAUUUUAUCCGGAAGAACCCGAAGAAAAAAAGUGUCACGCUUGGAUCUCUUCGUACUCUGUGAACAGAGUCGGCGAAAGGACAACGUUCAUUUUUUUUCACUUUCUAGAAGCGCUUGAGGAUUCUAAAUGAAGAUAAAAUAUUUCCAAUAGAAAUUGGAGUUUUUUAAAGAGAAAUGUGGAAAAAUAUCAGACUGCCGGACAUUUAGUUAUUCGGUAGUGUACGGUGAAAAUUUUCUUAGUGUCACGUUUAGAUCUCUUCGUACUCCUGUGUACAAGGUCAGCGAAACGGACAACGUUGGAAUUUUUUCACUUUCUAGAGGCGCUUGAGGAUUGCUAAGAAGGAAGAUUAUUUUCCAACGAAGAAUUUAUAUUUCAUAAAGAAAUAUGGAGUUAUUUGAGGACCGUGUCCAGCCGUGUCAUUGAAAAGUUUAGGCUGCCUGAAAGCGCAAAGGUAGAACAUUUUCGUAUAAACAUUUUUUGGAUUUCGAAGAGAAAUAUGGAAAAAUAUAGGACUGCCGGACGUUUAAUUCUUUUAAGUUUCGUCACUUCAUUGCAGGAACGUCAGCGACACUGAUAGUUUGCGUUACAAUUCUUAUUUGCUGCUUUGCAUGGACAACAACCUCGACUACUCUUUCGAGCGCAAGCUCCUCUCCACGGGCAGGAAACUUCAACUGACCCUUGGUCCUAUUUAACAAGGAUGACAAACUUCAAUUAGAAAAAAUUGAUGAAUGGAUGAAAACGUGGUACGUUGAAUCAACAUUUUCACCUUCUUCGAAAUGAUCGCAAGGAUUUUCGUGUUCUUCUUAGGCAACAACGGAUCCAUAAGCGUUUACUGCCUCGGAAUCUACAAAAUCAAUGGAUUCAUCUGAUUCCAUGCCGGAUUAAAACGUAUACAACUAUUUUAAACAGAAUUAUUUUGACAAGCUCUUCAAAUUCAUCGGAGAAAACGCAGAAGGUAUUUUGAGACAACGUGACAAGGUAAAAAUAACUGACCAAUCAGAGGCGCUAUUUAAACAAAAGCGGUGGUUCAAAACAAAAACAAACGACCGCCUUGCAUCAAGGUUGGAAAUGGGCCUUUAACACGAUUGGAGUGCUAAUUUAUGUACGGUCAGGCUCGAAAAACCCGACAAAAACACGUAACUAUGAAAUUUGAUGAGCUUCAGAACCUCUGCCCUUUAAUUAUCAACUACGAGUUCACGAAGUUUCCAAGCAUUCCGAGAGGAUGCAAGACUAACUGAAUUGACAAGUUUAGUCAAGUGAACCCAACAGAAACCCUGAAAACAAUUUGUUGAUUAAUUGUAUUUUGCAGUUUGUUUGUUCUUUUUUUUGUGAUAUUAUUUCAUGCCUGGUUUGUUCCUGCUCCGCAGAGAAAUGAGUGAUGGCGAUAUACCCAACGUUGGCCGUGAAUUUGAUGAACGAUACCACUGGCAUUCUCUUAAGCCUCUUUCUGAUGAUUACGACAGAACAAAGAAAUCUAUUACUGGUAAAAUACCUCCAAGCCUAAUAAAAUUGAAAGUUAACCAGCAAAGAACUGUUUUCACAGUAUGAAAAUAACAGCACAUCUUUAAAUUAUAAUGUCGAUACAUCUCUUUUUAGAUAAUCCUCCAGAAAAUCCUUGGCAUAGGGAACGGUAUUUGCAAGAUAAGCAGAAAUAUGCUCGCUUUCAAAGAUUCUACGGCAAUUCACUGGUUGGUGGCAUUGAUCAACAAAAAAUCGUCACUGUCAAAGAGUCAGGAUCGAAGAAAAAAAAAGGAAAAAGAAAGGAAAGUAAACAGGUUAGUUUUGUCAGGGAAAUAUUAUAAUCUUAAUAUAAAGUCCUUCAUAACAAUUUGUUUACAUGUUUGGGACCUUUAUUUGGAAUAAGAUGUGAGAAUUUUUGCGUGUAUUGCAUGAUUAUUUGCUCAUUUGUUUGUUUGUGUUUUGUUUUAUUUGUUUGUUUGUUUGUAAAGGGAAAUGAUAUUCACCCUCCCUGGGUAUGAAGAAUAGCCAAUUCAUUAGAUAUAUUUCAAGAGUCUACCCGACAAUCACUUCGGAAUUCCAGUCCGAGAAAGGUGUUUUCCGAACUUGUCUUAAGAAACACGCUCACUUUUGAUUUUUUUACAGAGCAAAAAGGCUGCAGAAAUAAUCAAAGAAAAUCUUAAAAAAAGCGCAGGUAAGUCGUUAAUACAUAUUUCUACCUAUGAAAAUGAUCAUGUCCAUGAAAUAUCAUCACUUUCAUAGGUUUCGCAGCUGUUUCGCUGUAUUCCCUCUUUGUGCCAUAAUUAGGAACAAGCGUGAUAAGAUGACAAGUAAGGAACUGAUCUUCUCAAUUUUACUGCAAUUUGCACUAAUGCAGAAAUACGGAAGAGAGCAAAUUCUGGCCCCUUCGAUAAUUAAAUGUAAACUGUGCCUCUGUGCCUUGGAUAUCUGAGGUUAAAUAUCCCUAGUACAAAAUACCUGUGAAGGGGUGCUUGUUUUGUAAUUAGCAUGAUCAAGACAAGAGAGUGUUCAAAACUUUUAUUUCGGUAAAAAAGGAUUGAAAUGUACUUUUCGCUUUUUUUUUUAAAACAGAGAAAGCAGAAUUGAAAGAUCAAGAAAAGUGGGAUAUCACUGUGAGGAAUAUCGAAAAAAAUCUGAAGAGAGAUGACUUCAGCGCUGUCCUUAAAUUGGUUGAUCAAUAUCUGUCAGUUUGCAAAUCUCCCGAACUUCGUCUUCACGCGCUCAUGACUAAAGUCGACAGUUGCUUUGAGGCCUGGAAACAGACAAGUAAGUCAAAGUCAAACGAUGUGUUUUCACAAGACAUUACGGUAGGUAAAUUGGGGAGGCGGCCUUGUGCAUGUUGGUGUUCCAAGUCAGUUUUCAGGGAUCAGAACUCUUUUCUCUUUCUUUUCUCAAUCCUUUCAAAUGAUUCACCUGCGACUUCAAACGCGAUCGAAAACGCUGUUUUGGGAGAAUAAGGAUGGGAUUUCAAAAGUAAAAAAAUCUGAGAGCGCAUUUGAGCGACAAGGAUAUUAAAGUUGCACUGCAGUUUAACAAAUUAACUUUUUUUCCUAGGAGAUGCGGACCCAGAAUCUAAUGAUAUGAAAUAUCCUGUACUUUUGAUGGAAAGUGUACAUAAAAUAUCUCAAGACUUGCCAAGUGUUCUGAAUGAUAAAAACAGAAAGAAACUUGCUAGAAUUAUGCAAAAUUUGGGAUUUGACGACCUUGUUCCUUUGUUUUAUGAGAUGCCACCAGAUCGUGAGAGAAGGGUAAAUAUACCAUUCCACAUCAACUAUUCAACGUUUACAAGCGAAUAUUGCUCAAAUGUAGUCUUAACAUUCUUACUCUCAUUAUAUGCCACCAAAGUCAAAGGAGUAAUUGAUAUGACUCAAACUUCUCUCUCUCUCUCUAUAGAAAACUAAUACGUUAUUCCAAAAAAAUUGACCCUUUAUUCAAUCAAUAAACAUUUUGUGUAACCAAAGAAAUCCUAGCUCAGUGUAACAGACGUCUGAAUUUAUCCACCCGUUUGACCGCGAAUUACUUUUCAAACUACUCUCUUGGCCUUGUUUACUAUAACGAAUCUCGAAUUUCAAAGACAAACAACGAUGCACACUAUAUAUCAUGCGAGAAUGCAAUUAUAAACAAUAAUAAGUUGCAAGUGAAGAAAUGAUCAUCGGAGAUGAGCUGCAAUAAAAUAAAUUGCAAGAAAGAAGCCUAUGACGGAACAUGUGACAUGUGAAUGAACGUGUUAGGAAAUAUCAAAAAAAAAUUGCUUACAUAGUUCUUAACUGUUGAUAAUAAUGUUAGUGAUAUUUUUCUUAAAGUUAUCCUUUUGUCCAGAGAUAUCGUUAGAGAAAAAUAGUAAUGAGGACUGUUGAGGUAAGGAUGAUGAGUACCUCGGAAUUAUGUCAUAAACGUCUUUUGAUCCUAGACUGAACGGCUUUUUGUUCACAACACAAGCACCAGAUUCCAACUUGAAUACAUGGGGCAUUUGCUGAAACGGGAAGAGAGAACCGAUCCGGACCCUCGGGUUGAAAAUUUUAUUCCGGAUACAUGGCAGGUAUAUAUUAAUAGUAUAUUUACCAUGCAUAAUGAAGACAUGCUCGUGCUUGAAACAUUAAUAAGAGUUAUAAAAGUUAUGGUAAGUGCCCCUCCGAGGCCAUUUAUUUGGUAUCAGUUUGUCCAAGCUCAAGAAAUUUUCUAGUUUGAUGCUGGAGUGUCUUUUUUUUCAUUUGGAAGCGCGAACUUCUCGAUGCUGUUGAUAACAAUGAAUCAGCUGUGAUAGUAGCACCAACUUCUUCAGGAAAGACUUACGCCUCCUACUACUGCAUGGAGAAAGUUCUGAGGCAAGACGAUGAUAGUGUAGUGGUCUAUGUCGCACCGACAAAGGUAAAGUGGCAUUCUUUGGCAUUUUCUUUCACCAGAAAGAAUGGCCUUACCCCUUAAAAUUGCCUAUAAAUAGGCCCAAAACUCGAACACGGGCGAAAAACAACUUAAUAACUUGGCCACUUACACAAAGCCGCGCCACACCUUUUACCAAUAUAUGCUGUAUGGUUGUCGUUGAAACAAUCUUUUUGAGUUAGGAAUAGAUAUCGGUGGAGCUCUUAAAUGUACAAAUAAUGUGGCCUCCGUAGUUUAGCAUUUAAAGACAAGGUUGAUGAGCUGAGGUAAUUCAUUAGAGUUUCAAAACGCGGUCAGCGGCAUAAUUUUGUUCAAUCCUUUUAUUUGUGGAGGGAAACCUUAUACGAUUUCUGGUGCAUGUUUCCUCUUUAAAUUCUCAAUGGCUAAAGGGCCCACUUCAUCUGAACGUGCUUCAAAGUCCAAAUACUUACCUAGACCUCCGCCAAAAUUUGUCAGCUUUGUUAAAUUGAAGAAUAUCUGCUUUAAUGUGUUGUGGAAAAGCUAUCUUCCUUUAGUUCUGGUCAUUGUUAAAUCAUGUCACAAAAGAACCCAGUGAAGCGAAAAUUUUGAUUAACUACUGUUUCAAAUUUAGUCAUUUCUCGGCCUGGUCAAGUUUUGGAUAACUGUGUAAGAGUCAAUGAGUUCCCAUUUCAGUUUUGCACCUAUAUAGAAUAAUUUUAAAGAAAUAGCAAAACAAAAUGGUUGUCCAAUUUCAUUUACUGUAUCAUUCUGACUACUAAUCAAUUCUUACUGUCCCGUUAGGCGUUGGUCAAUCAAGUCGUUGCUACAAUUUAUGCACGGUUUACAAAACAGAUGCCCAAAGGGAGAUCAGUGUUCGGUAUUUUUACGAGGGACUAUCGUCACGACACACUAAAUUCCCAGGUAACUAGAAAUGAAUUUGAAAAUCGGUAGCCGUAGCACCCUUUGUUUGCAAAAGUGUGAGAAAAUGCCUUAGAUUUCAUUGGCAUGAAACUUAUAAAUGUUGAGGAAAUACUUUUAAAGUUAAUCUUAAGAAGGGUUCUUAGGGUUAUUUGACCGCGCGAGAUCUGGGUGCGAACACAGCGCAAGCUUUAGAAAUGUCAACAUGCAAAACAAGCAUGGCAGUUCGAUACGAUAGCACGAUUGUUAUUUGAAAAGGUAGAUUAAAAGCAGUUUAACAAAAUACAGUUUUUAUGUGAUGGAAUCUAGGGUUUCCAGCAACUGUACCCGUAAUAUUCAUGGGCCUUUCACGCCUGAAAAAGAGGUCAAACGAAAAGAAAACAUCGUAGGAAUUAUUGCCAAAAGGCGACAGAUCGCGACAGAUUCGAAAGUUUACGCAUGCUCAGAUAUAUAUCUUGGCGAAGUUCUAUUCCAUUACGUAAUGUUUUGCGACAAAGAAAAUAGGGAUCUUUCGAGCAAGAGUUAUCACGUUUCCGUCGGCGGCCAUGGAAUUUCCUAAAAUUUGCUGAACCGUUAAACAUAUUUGUGCCCUCCUGGUGCCUGCAAAAAUUGCAAAUAGCGAGGAAACUGCCUUUGUAACCCCUAUGUUUUUCGGCCUUAAAAUAAUCGGCAGGACAAAUUUCACAAAUUGUGCGAAUUUUGAGAGAUUUUGCCAAAACAAAUAGAUAAAAAUCAAAGGCAAAGCCAAAUUAUCACUGGCGAACACCUCCCUUCGCGAAGGCCUAGCUUAAUAACGGAAAUCAUUUUGAUUAUAUUUACUACGGCAAACGAUAGUCCGAACCUUGCUCAUCGCUCUUUUGAUGGCUUUUAGCGACCUAGAAAAGCGCGCGCGCCAACAUUGAGCAAAACCCUAGGAAGCCUCCUUAAUACAGUAUUAUUUCAAUAGCACCCUUUUGUUUGCCAUUUUACCUACAGAUUCUUGUAACAGUCCCCCAGUGUUUGGAGAUCCUCUUUCUCUCUCCGCACAGACAGCAUUGGACGAAGAACGUAAAAUACGUGAUUUUUGAUGAGGUAAAAGAGUAUCAUAUCCUUCUGUUGCCACGUCAACAAGUGAACGUUUGUUGAGCAUGCAGUUUCGCUGAGCUGGUUUGUUCAUUUAGUUAAAGUAGAUGAGUUUAUUGAAAAAGCUAUUAAAGGCUAUUUCCUAUAUGUUUGUUUCUCUCGUACUUAGUAUUUAAAUAGAGUGUUGUUUCAUCAAUAAUCGUAGUUUCAUUAACUUAGUUAUAGAACAAUUUGCCCUCUCACGGGCGUCUUUCAAGGGAUGUAAAUGACUUCAAAAGUAAAUUGCAAGAUUGGAGCCUUUUAGAGCGUGUCUACAGCCUUGUCACGUUUUUAGCUAUCUUAUAGUUUUUUUUAGUUUAGGAUUUAGCUUUUUAUAUUUUACGUAUGUAUUACUAUUUUUUUUACAUUCAGUGAGUUGUUAUAAGAUGGAAUCAUACAAUAUUUUUGCUGCAAUUACUAGAGAAAUUAUUUAUACGUGUUCGUAUUUUGAACGAUUUCCUAGCUCCUCGACUAACGGUGUUAAAAUAAAUGAUUGAUUGAAAUUAAGUAAUCUAUUUUUACCCUUAUCUGCAAGUGUAGAAUUUACGGGCAAUAAUGCAGACUGAAGUAAUUUCUGUGACGCUGUACAUAGGUUCACUGUAUUGGUUCAGAAACUGGAGCUGAAGUGUGGGAGCAUCUCCUUCUUAUGAUUCGCUGUCCCUUCUUAGCGCUCUCAGCAACCAUUGGAAAUCCAGAGGAUCUAAGACGGUAAGAAUUGAAGAAGAGAUAGCAGUUUUUCUCACUGAAGGCUUCUGUUGAACUACUGGAAGUAUCAUAUUUGCUAUGACCUUCCUUUUGAUAACAGAGGUUGAAAGCAUUCAUUCUCUUAUGUACAGCUGGCUGCAAGCCGCCCAAGACUUCCGUGAAAAGCAGGACAGGAAAAACAAUGAAAAUCUGAGGAAGUCAUAUCGUAUCAGAUUAGGUGGGAAAAAAAAAAUUACAAUUCUUUGAAAUGGUGAAUACUUUGAAAUCCUUGAGUGCCUUUUUACUUAUUUUUUAUUUACUCCUGUUCUUCCGCGGAAACAAACCAGUUUAAUGUCGCAAAUGCAUUUUAAAGACUUUCUCUUAAGACGGCCCUUAAAUUCAGUGCCAUAUUUUUUUUACUUUAUUUUUUUUUUUUUGUAAGAUGUUAAUGACACCACGGUUCGCGAAGGUAUACUACUUCUUGUUAGGCAUGAAGUCGAAUGUUUUCUUUCUUUUAUUGUGACACACCAUAUCAGUUUUUACUGAGGAACUUCUCUUUACUUAUUCCUAAUUUUUGAUUGAUUUCUUCUAAUUCCUCGCUUAUUUUUUAAGUGAAAUUUGAAGAAAGAUAUUCCGAUCUGGAGAAGAGCAUUUUCCUUCCAAGUCCUAACAACGAAGAACAUCAUGUUUACAGCGACGAGGAGUUCGUAAGACUUCAUCCAUGUGCCCAGCUAGGAUACAAACAGGUCAAGCGUUUAAUUCUUCAUUAGCACAUUCAGGAUUUGUAAACUUGAGAAAUUCUCUACGGUGGCCAACUUACAUUAUCACCUCAGUUGAUAAAGCCAAAUUAACUUGUUAUACUACCAUUGACGCAGCACCACAGUUUCUGUAGAAACUUACCCCCUUUAUAAAAAAGGGGGUAAAAUUUAACAGUUUAGUUUUAUUGACAUGGCACAAUAACCAAAGUGAACUAUACCGUUGCAUUUUCCCGAUGACAAUAAUCGCGAUUACAUUGAUUUUUCCUCAGUCAAGGAAAAAUAAUUUGUUCUUUUGUUUAUAAUGGUACUUAUUAAAUGAUAUAAGUAAUGUGUUUUUUAUUUUGACGUCCGUUUAUUCGUUUCCUUCAAUCUAGACUCAAUUCCCAUUAUGGUGCAUAGUUUUCUUCUUUGGGAUCAAUUAUUCAUUUCAGUUUAUAUGCGAAGAUGAAUUAUACUUGCGGAGGAUUAUACAAGCGGAAAAUUAUACACGAAGGCAGACCCAUAUGUGAAGUCACCAUCACCGACAUGUCGCUCGAAAAAAAAAAAACAAAUAAAUUCGAAGUAGCGAUGCAUCUGUACAGUAAUAGAUCUCAGUAGACGUCAAAAUGUGGAAAGCACAUCAAGAUUUUUCUUCUUACCACAUUUUGUCGUCAUGUGUGGUCCAUGAUUGAACAGACAUUAGGCAUCAUGGAAUCUAUUUGUCAAGUUCUAAAGUUUUAGACGACAGUUAGGCUUUGUAAGUGUCUAGUUCUCUCUUGAUUUAUGUUUUGUCCGAUAUAUGGUAAAAUCCAUGGAUCGCUAUCCUCCCUCUAAUUCGAGGUACUUACCUAAGAGUCUCACAUGCUCUUUUUCUUACACAGCUUCUAGAAAAUGGUUUUCCAGGCGAUAUGGCACUUACACCAAAAGAGUCUUUGCAGCUGUAUGACACUAUGGUUAGUGUGUGGCCAGACUGUAAAUCACUCCAGGUCAGCGCAUUUGUCAUAAUUAUUUCAAUCUUGUAAAUGCUAGUAGAGAAACAAUGGUUAAUGUAAAUAAAAUUUUCCUCGGCAGAAUCUUUGUGCUGAGACAUAUUUCCUAGAAAAUAAGUUGAUCCAAAAGGUUCAUGCUCGGCUAUACGAGAGUGACCUGAAGAAAGAGUUCAAGUCUUGGGCAGACAGCAGAGAGUCGUCAAAGGUAAAAACAAAUUUAUUUGGUUUUCUUUGUUUUGUUAGGUCUAACCAUUCUCAAAAACAAAGGGAAAAAUAUGCAACAAUGAAACGUAGCACGCAUUUUGUAGGAUACAGGCUCUAAUUGUUUAUGUGUUUUGAAUAGGAUUAUUAUAUUUUUGUUUCCUUAGGUUCAGUCAGGCUUGGGCUUUAUUUUCAUUACUGCUUGAUUAAUAUUCAUCACUGCAAUGAUCCCUCACAAAUUCAUUUAUUGAUCCGCAAUUUUAAAUAUAUCUUAUUCAUUUAUAACCAUGCUCAACAACGAAUGGAAAUAAAAGGUUUUAAUGAACAAUGAAAACGAAACACGCUCUUUUUAAGAUACAGGCUCUAGUUGUAUUGUAUAUUGAAUAGGAUCAUUGUUUUUGUUUUCUUAGGUUCAGUCAGUUAUUGAUUCUUUAAACUCAGUUUUGUUGGAAACUCAUUCGUCAACGGAAGAACGAUGGGGUGAACAGAGAAUGACUUCGUAUGGCCAAAUAUUCAUAAGGAAAACUUUUGAAAAACUUAUCAACGAGCUCAAAGCCCAGGAGAAACUUCCUGCCUUGGUAUUUAGGUAAAUGGGAAUCGUUAAGAGUCAACUUUAAUGAACAACACUAGAUCUUACUUAACCCUUUAACACCCAUGAGUGACCGAGAGAGAAUUUCUCCUUACAAUAUCAACUGAAUACAAUAUCAAGGAUACAAGUGAUGGGAUUAAAGGGGGACUCUUAGUUAAUCAAGGAACUCUUAGGUGAUCCAAUACCAGAUUCUCUGAACUAACAUUAUAAGAAUUGUACGGCAGCUAAUAAGGAGAAUUAUUAAUGAGAUCUUGGGAGUGAAAGGGUUAAUCGGUAAGCAUAGGUAAACACAAUUUAACGUUACACACUAAUGUGGGGUGUGAAAGACACAACUUUACAGGAAAUGUAUUAAACUGAUAGGUUGUUCACGAGGCCAUUUCAAAACUCAUUCAUAAAUAUUUAACAAGAUAUAUUAUCAUUUUCUUUUAAUUUGGAAUACCCCUUCUCUUUGUUCAAAAAGGAGGAAAGCUUCCGGUAGAUUCGUUAGUCUAUCAGGAUUACGCAUAGGGAACGUAUUAAACGAAUGACGAAAGCCUGAAUUUUCCAGCAAUUAUUUCAACAAGUCCAUCAAGGUUGAUGAAAUUGCAGUCGAAUCGGUCUGUCAACAUCGUAAGGAAAGGUUAUGAUUAUUCAUCGUGGCAAAGUACAUUGAUCAUGACAUAUUGAUAUCUGCCCCACGAUGUAUCGUGACUUUAUGUUACAUUAAACUGUUGGUCUUUGUGAGGCCUACAGGUCGAUUGAAUGAGCGUCAGCUUUUGAAACAUUGAGCAUCGCUGUGAUUAUUUUGCUUUCAACCGCUACCUUGCAGGCUCUCCUGUUGUUGUGUUUUUGUUUUUGUUUUUGUGGGGCUUCCAUCUAUCUUAGUUAUCAUCUCAUUAACCCAUUAAAUCCUAAGAGUGACCAGCAUCUAAUUUCUCCCUUCAAUAUCACUCCUGAGUCACACAUUAAGGUUAUAAGAGUAAAGGAAAUAAUCACUAGGAAAGAAACCUUUCAAUAGGCAGGCAAAUUCUCCUUGUCAGCACCUUAGGAAAUGUGUAAAGAACAGUAUGGAGAAUAUGCAUACUGAUGUUAGGGUGUAUAAGGUUAAUGAGCGAGUAUCCGUUCACUUUGAUGCCCUUACAGUAAGUAAAAGAAGAAGAAAAUACGAAGUCCAUGAUAAGAUGUGUGUAAUUAUUCGUCAUAGCGAUGAUCGUAAACUCUGCGAAGUUUUGGCCCUCGGUUAUGCUCAGAAACUAGAAAACAAGGAACUAGUUAUGCGAAGAGAGGCCGACACACGAGAAGCAAGACUUGCACAGAAGAGACAAGAAAAAGCUGAAAAAAAGUUACAGAGAAAAAGAGAUGAAUUACAGAAAGAAAAAGAGAAAAGGUAGUCAGUUCAGAGAUUUGAUCUGCCUUGAUCGACUUAUAAUCAUGAAACUAUAGUUAUGUAGAACCUUUGUGACUUGCCUUUUUCCUUUUAGUACAUUUACUGCUCAAUCUUUUCUUUGGACGGGUUUCCGAAGUAUUUUUUUUAGUUCUAGGGGUUCUUCUGUAGCAGAGUUCGAGUUGUUGUAUACUAAUUUCCCAUUAACCGAACGUGAGGGUCGUACGGAGGAAUAUGACCCGACGUUAUGCGCUCGGUCCGUACAAAAACGACCAAGGGCCUUGUUGUUGUUGCUGUUUCUUUUUGCUUGUUUCCUGUUCCUUUUACAAGGUAUAACUGCUCUCCAAACAGAUUAAACAGCCAACCGGAUGAGCAAGAUGAGAGGGGUUCUAUUUCAGCCGUGAAUGAAAUUCUACCAGAGUGCUCAUUGGCAUUUACAUUUGGGAUUGGAAAAGAGGUAAGAAGCAAAGAAAUGUUGUUUCGAUAAAAAAAACCGGUGUCUUGCAAAUUUUUUUUUUCAACCUGAAAAUCGGUUUUUGAGUUUACUUCUUCUAAUUGCAAGCUAAAAUGCUGGUUUUUCGGAACAAUGGAACAACUCCAUCUUAUGAUUUUGAAAUGUUGGCGGCAGCCAAACAAAGACGUCCUCUUGCAUGAGCUAAAUGCCUUUGAACGCAUUUGAAAAAAGUAAGUAUUUCCGACGCACUCAUCAAAAGAGGCAUUAUGAAGACAAUCAGACAAAAUGCAAAUUGAUUGAUAUCAUUCAUUUGUAGGAUUACGAAGAGAUAAUCAAAAGAAUCUGGUUCAUCUCUGACAAAGCGUUAUUCAAGCGGGCUCUAAAACGAGGAAUCAGCUAUCAUCAUGGCGGAUGUAAUGCCAAAAAGCGCUCGGUGGUAGAAAUGUUGUUCAGAGGCAAAUACCUUCAGGUAAGAUGCCAUUAACUGUAUGUAAACUGUUAAAAAGUCACGUAUUUAGGUGGACUCGCGAAAGCACUUUGAUUUUGAACAUUUUGACGUAAAGUUUGCCGGAUUCCAAAGGAAGAUUUACACCUUACGGCUGGGGGUAAACAAUGAUCCCUAUUAAAAAAGGGGGUUUCCCUCGUAUCCGCUCAUGGUAUCAUACUGAGAAUUUGAUUAGGCUUUUUUGUAGGAAAUAUAUCUUCAGGCAAACGUUUAAGAACCGACCAUGCGAUUGGGCACACAUUUAGAAAUCUAGUACAUCGCAUUACAGUAUUUAUUUACUCUGUCAGGUGGUUAAUUCAACUUCAACGUUGGCUCUUGGUAUUCACAUGCCUUGUAAGACAGUCGUGUUUGCUGGAGACUCGCCCUACUUAAAUUCACUGCAGUACCGGCAGGUAAAUAAGUGGGAUAUAUCUAACUUAACUCAUGGUCAGUUCUCCCUGAUCGACAUUUCUCUUAGUUAAGCGUUUCCGUGAUUGCUGACGAUUUUGUAAAUUGUUCUUUCGAUGUAGCUCUUUCAAUCCCUAGUUAGCAUAAUUCAGGAGUUUCGAUGAAAUUCGAUUACCGGCGGUCUAUCGCCGCCCAUAAAAUCUCUCACCGUCGUCUGUUGAGUCCGCGAGUAGGCUCUCGUGUUCGGUACAGCCGCCUAUUAUGCCAUCGAGAGCCUUUUAUGGAAAACGUUUCGGAAACCCCUGCAUAACAAGGUUCCCUUUACGCAUGCGGCGCAUAGGCUUCAUAGCGUCUAAUACACAUGAAUGCAUCGAAUACUUAAAGGAUGACUUUUUUACAUCUUACACGUAUCACUGAACAACAUUUUCCGUUAUGGCUUUAAUACUUUUGCCAAUACCACGAGUGCCAACCUAGGACUUUAUUUGUUAUUUUCAGAUGUCUGGUAGGGCGGGUCGGAGAGGUUUCGAUCCCGUGGGAAAUGUCAUUUUCUUCGGAAUUCCUUACCGUAAAGUGCAACGCUUGAUGACUGCAAAUAUCCCGAAGCUUGUCGGCAACUUCCCCAUCACUGUUUCACUGGUUCUGCGAUUGCUUUUGAUGACGACCCAAGCAGAUGACAAGGAAGAUGCCCUCACUAAGGUUUCGAAGGACUAUUUUGAAUGAGUUUUUUUUUACUGUUUCCUUUUUUUCAAUAGACAACAUAAGAUAAGAUAUGAUAAGAUACCUUCAGGAAGUAAGUGUGCCUCUUGUACUCGGCUCACACCUGGUUAGAAAGACUAUUCUUGCUGAUAUUGCAAAACAAUGUUAUACAUUCGCUCUUACGAAGGGCUAACGCUCGAAACUUCAGCUUCUAAACUCUUUACGGUAGCCAAUUUACGUUAUCAACUCAGUUGAUAAUACUAAAUUACCCGGUUAUGUUAAAAAAAGUUUCUGCCAUGUCACUGUUCUGCGCAGGAGAUACUCCCAACCUAAUUGAAUACAUAUACUUCAUAAUCAAAUUAAGACAAGAGAAUUCGCAAUUACGACUUUUACAUGUGUUUACAAUGUGUUUACAAUGUUAAGAGUUAAUUUCCAUGCUCAAAAUUCGUUCAAGCUACUCAGGCUCAAAAUAAUUAUGUGUACUCGCACAUCUCUUUUUCAGGCCUUAGUAUUGCUGUCUAAUCCUUUUAUUUGCCGAAAGUACCCGCAAAUGGAAACCCAGAUCAAGCUACAUUUCCUCUUCAGCGUUGAACUUUUAACUAGACUGGUGAGUAGUAUGGACAAAGGUUUCCUAUAUCUCUAGUUGAUACAUGAGUUAAUGAAAACGUUUUGCCUGCACAGUAAAAGCCUUUCUGUAUACUUGGUGAGGUGUGAUCUCUCACAGGAGUAGAGAGAGGACUGCCUAGGGUUUAGUAAGCUUAGCACACCAUAAUUUGAUCACGUUAAGUGACAAAUCAAUAUCUUGUCAAUGGAACUUCAAAACCACACGAAAGCCUUCACGAAGGGAUUUAUAACCGAAGUCUGUAAUUCCUCGUUCUUUUCCAGUCUCUUAUAAACAAAGAAACCGGAGCUCCACAGGAAAUGGCCGGACUGGCAACCCAUCUUCACUACCAUGAACCCUCCAAUUAUGCCCUGGUCAGUUUUCUACAAUGUGGUCUCUUCCACAAGCUGUGUAAGCCAAGGAAAAACGGUAAACCUGUAGCUCCUUUCAAACUGAACGAUUUAUUAGACCAGUGACUAACUCAGAGCUUUUUGUAAGGAUCACACUUUUCAGACGCUAGGGGAAAACGAUUCCUUUGAAAUAAAUUUUAUGUAAAAUCAUAAAAAGGGAAAAAUAUCUCUAACUUGAGAAAUCAAGAGGUUUUUUUUUUUUACCCCGGAACAAUAACAUUCCUCGAUCAGUGGUCGUGCCUGGAAUCCAAUUUUUAGUCUUUGUUCUCCAUUACUGCUUACCUUGUAGUUCUCUGAACUGAACAAUUUUUUUAUAUUUCAAGUUUUAUUGGCAAAUGUUGUAUAUACCUUAUAACAAGAAGCAGCAUCUAACAUCGAGUAUAUGAGAUGCUGAAUCAUGUGCCUCUGGCUUAACGCGAUGGAGUAACAAAGGAGGCCCGGGAAACAUACUAGGGAGUAAGGUCGCCUGGCUUUAGGGAACCUUUUUACAUUUGACCAUAGGCAAAGUCUACACUCGAGUGGCCCAUAAGGCGCCACACUUUAUUUCGGAUUUGUUUGUAUGAAGUGCAUAGGACGAUUACUAAUCCACCCUGGAUGGAAUGUUUAUCCACUACAGAUCUCUCAUCUCUCGCAGCUUCUUUAGUGGUUAGAAAUUCCAUCCGGAGGGGGGGGAGGGGGGGUGAGAAAGGUAUUGUGAGGAUAAAGUGUCUUGUCCAAGAACACAACACUAUGACCCAGCCAGGUGUCGAACCCAGACCACUAUGAACUAGCCAAGUCUCGAACCCAGACUUCCUCACCCAAAGUCUGGCGCGUUAAUCGUCAGGCCACUGCGCCUCUGAUUUCUGCCCAAAGGUUUUCUUUCAACUCUAUUGUUAUCGCCGGCGUAUUACUCUUUGGUAAACUUUUUUCACUGUGACAGGUAAAUUUUCCGAAGAUGUUAUGAGGAAAAUGGUGCUUGUUUUAAGCCACUUAUUUGGAAGAACUUAUGUUCAUCCUUCCAUCAUGCUGAGGAGUCCGUCUUCUUCAAAAGUAAGCAUAUCCUUCCCUUGGACGAUUUACUGGUCUAUUUUAAAAAUUGGUUGGUUGUAAAGUGCGAACUGAGGAGGGGCUCAUAUUGAAAACGAGUUUAGUUUUGCCGCGUUAUUUUGUACUUAACCACGUUUAGAAAAAAGUGCUAUAGACUGCGCUUCUUUUAAAAGUUCCAUUUGAAGUCUUUGAGGGUGGUCGUGGACUUUAUUUAGGAAAUACAAUGCAUUGGAAAAAACAAAAACCAGUUUUACCAAAACUAAUGAAUUUCUCUCCAACACUUCAAAACUACAUUUUAUAGCGUCUGACUGCUAAGCGUCUUAAGUGUUCAAAUCAUGGAAACGUUUACAUUUUGGACUAAACACAGGUAAUUUUGGAGGAUCUACCGAAUGAAUUUGUCAAAGCAGUCAAAAGCUACAACCGUCAAGUCACCGAUGUGUUCAGUCAGUACCUUGCCACAGUGGCUCAGUGGCUGGAAAAAGACAGAGGAGAGGAUAACAAACUCCCUUUAUCAGGAAUAGGUAAGAAUUAUUUAAUGUGCAUUCUUGUUCGCAAAAUUUUGAUACUUGCUUGCACAGUAACUUGAAAUAUAUAUUUUAAAAAAAUGUCACUUUGGUAAAGAGAUUCCAUAUUGCCGUGAGUCUGUUCAUUAAUAUAUUACAGAUGAGGUCAAUGGUUAGAGCAAAAAUGUGGCACAUGAAGCGCAGUCGAUCGAGUGUCAGUGAUGUCGUGACCACGUUUGACCUCAUCUGUGAUCUAUUACUCAACAGAAGCACGGAGACUUGGAAUCUGUAUUGUUUCUUUCUCAUGAUAAAAAAAUGGUGAUUUCAUUAGUUUGUCUUCUCCCCUACGGAUUUCUGUAUUCGAAUUAAGAUGUGUACAGAUCGCUGAUUACAGUUGAAAAAUUUCUCUUGCAGAAUUUCCUACAAAAGCCAGCACUGAUGACAUUGACGACAACGAUAUGAUCAAAGUCCUAGCGAACUCUUCUGUACAGUAUUCAGCUUGUUCCUCUUUCGCUGCGCUAUCAGGAAAUACAGACUUACAGUUACAAAACACCAGCCAGAGAACAGACGACCAAAGUGAAGAUGAGUUUAACAGUGAUGAUGAAGAAUGGGAGGAAGAGCCACUUAAAUAUUUGCUCACGGUGAAAAUUGAUCCUUUCGUUUGUCACGUUUUGGUGUCCCUCUCGGGGCUCUUUCUAAGCAGACUAUUAGGAAAAACUGACUCUACAAUCUACAAUAUACCCAAUUCACACCAGCAAAACGUAUUUAGUUAGACCGGGUUUAACUGGAUGAAAAUCAGAUACAGAGAAAUGAAAUGCUGAAUUUUCCAUAGCUAGGUUUCAAGUAUACACUAACUUGUACUUUCCGAUGUCCCAAAUUUGAAGCACAACAUUGGUUUUAGCAGCUUCUGUGAAGAAAACAGUUUAAAACCGUGUUUGAAACAAAAAAUAGUUUUAAAACAUGUUUAAGCUUGGAUGUGAAUGCGGUAUUAGGGUAAUUGGUGACGCUCUGCACUCGAAAGGAAUCAUUUAUGGUAGAGGUAUGGUAUGCUAAAGUUCGAUUCACCAAGCCCGAAUUUUGUCGUUCGCUUUUGUUGGAGCUGAAAUAAUUCAUAGAUCCUCAUUAAAUUUUUGAUUAAUAACGAAAUUAAAUGACCCCGUUUUGUUUAGAUCAUUCGUCAGGAUGUCUACACGGACAUGAAUCUUGUACCUAUUCUCCCAGUCAAGAGUACGCUACCUUUGAAUGCUUAUGCUUUGGAUUUUUUCAAGCAUGGAUCCUCCAUAGUCAUUGAGAACGAAAACAGGUAAGAGAGUAACACAGAUUUGUUACCCAUUGUGCUGAAAAAAGGUUUCAUCACAUGCUGUACGUAAGCAUCAGUCUUUCUCCAUUUGAACCGUUCUUUUUCUUUUAGUUAAUCUUAUUCUUAAAUUUCCUCAUGUGAAAUAGUUGGCUUACAAUAAAGUUGUCAAUUUUGUUUAAGGUACUCUCCUCCUGUUAGGUAGUUAUUUCCUUUCCAGGUCUCUUUUAAUCUUAUAAAACAUUGGUUUUAAGUUUGACUAUGUGCGCUGAUUUCACAGAAUGCAAGCUGGCGAUGUUUACAAUGCUCUCAAGGAGUUUUACCUCACAAUUAAGUCAAUCAGGUAAUUCUUGUUCAUUUCCAAAGAAUGCGCCGGGUUCAAGAAGGUGACUGUAUAGUGAUGGAACACUGUCCAGGGUAUCAAACAAAUGUGCUUUUCUGUUGAGUUUUCCUCAUUAAAGUUUGUACAUACACCUAUAUUCCACAUAAAAACCUGGCUAAAAAAAUAACGUUGUUGACGUUGCCAUGUUAAGCAUCAAAGCUUUAGUUUUUUUUUUCCUUCUAGUGCAGGAAUUAUUCUCUUAAUUUUUUUUCCAAGUAUGAUUUUAAAUUUCAUCACUUACUAGGGACUGUAAACUAAUUUUCCUCUAUCACAAAGCCUCGCAAUUUGAAAGAAAGUGUAGCUUUUUUAACAUGAGUAAUGUACACAAUUCAGUGACACUUCACAAUUCUUUUUGUUUGAUAAGUUAUCAGGAAAAUAACAUGUUUUUGUUUUCUGUUUUACAGUCGUUCACUGGAAGAGCUGGGUCCUGAAACUGACAAUGUAGUUUUGGCUUUUAACCAGCUGGCACAGGAGUACGGAAAGAAGUUCAAAGAGGAGUUUGAAUACGGAGCAUAAGAAAUAACAAAUUCAGGCGGUUUAGUUUUAAAUUUUAAAAAUGGUUGGUUGACUUUGUUUCUCAUAAGACUGGUUCACAGACUCUUAUAAUUUGAAUUACUAAUAAACUUAAAGAUUAAAAAAAAGAGAAAAUCGAUAAUAAUAUAUGAAGAGUUUCAACAAAGGUCCAGAGGGCAAUGAUUAGCAUUGUGACUCUGAAUCAAAGAUGACACGAAAAAUGGAGAAGUAAUUGAUGCUAAGAAGUAGUAAAGAGCGCUAAAUUGGUAAACCUGUCCGUAUCAGAUGGGUUUUGCAAGGUGCCUUCUAACAGCGUCAUUACAGAGCUUAAAUCGACGUCCGUGUUACUACAUCUUUACUCGCGAGAUUUGAGAGGUGCUCGUUACGCGCGUCACGCGUGACGAUCGAGUAACGCGACUUCUCUCACUCCAACACAGACCGCCACUGCCUAUUCCCUAAUUUGUUUUAACGUUGUAAGGUAUCUCAAGGUAUUUUGUCACGAUAAAAUUGACCGAUUUUAACACAAUGCUACCUUUGAUUUUCACUUCAUUUCGUCCAAUGCUUACCGAUUUCACGAUGCGGCUAUUCUUUAGGAACCAUGCCACACGUAUCCAGUGUUUCGCCCUUAAAAACGAAUUCUGCGAGAUUUGAAAGGGGGAGUCGAAGACUAAUGAUUGUGGACACAAG